AUGAUAGAAAGCUACUCUUUAGUAGGACCUGCCAAGAUUAGAACACUGGUGGUACCCAUUGGUAAAUGGACCCGGAAAAGCUUCCUUGAGAAAGUCAAGCUUUUUCAAGAAAGGUUUGAUAUCAGACUAGUUGACAUUACGCCAUUUGACGAUGCCACGUUCAAUCCACAGGGGUUUCCACAGGGAAGAUUGAUGUUUGACUUUCGUACUAGUCAUGUUGAAGAGGAGCACAUGCUGUUUCUACAUGACUUUGAACCAUAUCGCAAGACAUUCGUUAUCAUUGGGUUAGUGAAUCAAAAAUUGGACGGGAACGUACUGGAAACUCUACGGCAGACAUAUCCCGAUGCUAUUUCGCACAAUCUCAUUUAUAUUGACGCAGAUUCAACUCCUUCGAAGUACACAUUCAACUACUCUUCGGCAUCCAUCGAGACAAUUAUCUGCGAUAUUGGAAGAAAUUUUUUAGAGGCAUUAAGUCAUUACUAUUCCUCCUACAAGCAUGUAACUCUUCGAUCACCUGGAGCGAUUGGUGGUAAUUCUGUUUUGAAAACUACACUCACACGGCAGCCCGCUAGUGUGACUACUACUACUGCUACUAGAAAGAUUUCAGGUCUUGAUCCCACGGUUUCUUCAGGUGUUGUAAGAAGUCCGUCGCUCAAGUCUUUGGGCCGAACCACUAUCCCCCCUGAGCAACAGCGCUCCAAAGCCCGUCAGAUUAAAAUUCUGGGGAAUUUUCAAUUGCUAGCUGGAAGAUAUAUGGAUGCAUUGCAGAGCUUUGCGGAAGCCGCAUCUAUUCUCCAUAAACAUCAUGAUUACAUUUGGUUAGGCAAUGCACUCGAAGGCUUGUCAAUUUCGAUAGUACUAUUAGCGUACUUGCAAGUGCCAUUUCAGAUUCCUGCCAUAGCAACGCACUUAUGCCAGCUCAAAGCCACCAGUCAAUCAGGAUAUAGCGCAUCACCCUCUAAAAGGGACAGUAUCUCAACAACUCCAAUGCAAUCUCCACGUAACUCAAUGAGCUCAAUUGCUAGCAAAGUUCGUAUUUUAGAUGUUCAGGAUGUCAUUAUAUCGAACGUGGUUAAAUCGAUAAGCGAGCGAAUACUUUAUUAUUACGAACUCAGCCUCACGCACAACAGUGAAUAUACCCCACAGCUGGUCUAUUGUGAGCAUAUUCUUCGAAUGCUUCAAUUCAUGAUUUCAUGCUAUAAGGGACAAAGUUUCGACCAACAGGUUUUGAGAAACAUUGUUCUGAAUACACCAUUCGAAGAGAUUAAAAGCCCAAACAAUUUUGUUGAGACAGAAUCCUUUUCAAAGCUGGAAAUAUAUCGAUUUGCAAACAAAUUGUUCGAACUACAAUUAAAAGAGAUGGACAUUGUAUCCCAGAUAAAAGUAUACACUGCUCUUGCCUCAGUAUACGAUUCGCUAGGUUUUCAGAGGAAAAGAUGCUUCAUUUUACGCAUUCUUUUCGUCAGCCUGAUGCCGCAUCUUGAUAAUGUUGAUAUUAAUGCGAAAUGGAAAGAAAACUAUGGCGAAAUGAUUCAUGCUUUAUUAGAGGUUUAUGGCAUUAGGCGUACACCAGAAAAUUCAGUUCAAGACGCUUCCAACUGCUCGUGGGUAACGUUACAGAAAAGUGUUUUGAUGCUUUGCGUUACUAUGGCCUCGAAAGAUAGAGACAAAGAAAGAACGGCAGAAUUUUCACUUUUGUUGCUCAAGAGGUACUCUCACGUUUUAACACAGACCGAAGAACAUCGAUUGUUGAAUGAUUAUAUUCUACCUUCAAUAUCUAGUCUUCCAGACCUACAGUAUUGGGAUCCAUUCCUCGUAAGAAACCUUGAGAUCCUACAAUUGGACGUUAACAGAGAAAUGCCUCGCAAAAAACAGAUAGCCCCCAUCAACAUCAAUGGCUUUAAUGAAAACUCUUCUGAUUCGGCUGUUUUUAAUCCAUUUAGACAGAAUUCAGUCAAUGGAGUUACUGAAUUAUCUCAAGGUGGGCAUCGAAAUGUGACUUUCUUAUUGGGAGAAACUGCUGAAUUGAUUGUCACGCUGCAAAACCCAUUUAAGUUCAAUAUAGAGAUCACCGAAUUAUCAUUUGUGCCUGAAGAUGAACUAUAUGUGAAGUUCUUAAAGGAUCUCUCCUUUAAUGAACUUCCACUUCUCAUUCCUGGAAAUUCCAUGAGAUCAAUUCACUUACCUGUUGCAUUCAUCAAUGAAACAGCAGAAGAAGGACAAAGUAUAGACAAAUUACGUAUCGGCGUGUUUGGCUUGCCACCCCAGCUGAUGCGAAUAGUGGUGUCCGAGAAUUUGUUGCACAGCAGGGAGGAAAGCAAUAAUGACGAUGGUAAUGAAAGGUGUAAUUACGGAUGUUUCCGAUAUCAGGUUAUUCCUGAGGGCCCUGAGCUCGAGUUUGUUUCAAGUACUUUAAAUGACAACGCUUGCAUGCUACUUGACGGAACCAAAAAAAUGUUUAGCUUCAUUGUAAGAAACAAGUCGUUGGACCAGUCAGCCAAUUACCUUGUCUUUUCUCAUUUAACAAGUGUUGAAAAGUCACUCAAACCUGAUUAUUGGAAAAAAAUGCCACAAGAUGACUUGUAUGAAAUUGAAACUCAGCUCAAAUGGCUUCAACACAGUUGUGUGAGAUUCCUGAACGCACCUCAUGCCAUCGAGGCUAAUAGCACGGCUGAAAUUAAUGUUGAACUUAACAUGGCCAGAGUGCCUUUUCAAUUUAGUGGGUUUGACAUUUUGAUUGAGUAUGGGAUGCAAAACAGUACAAAUUCGAAUGUAAUUUAUACAAAAGUUUUACAUGUUCCAAUUGAAAUUACAUUGAAAAGAAGUGUUGAAAUACCGAAUAUGAACGUUAUCCCCCUAACGGAAUCUUUCAAUGAAGUCGAAAAUGUUAUGGAUUGCGUCCCUUAUUUAAUGAAUAAAGUUAAAAAGAACGGGGAGCAAAUUUCAGAUUAUGCGUUAAUGUUACUAGAUAUGAGAAACUCUUGGCUACAUGAUGUUUCACUGAAUGUACAAUACGACGAUUUCAUUGGCAAUUCGAUAAGCAUAGAAUCAAUGCAUACAGUGAGGGUAGUGAUUCCAAUUAGAAGGUUUUCCGCUACUUUGAAUUUAAAAGCUAAAGAAAUACCACAUUUAGUAACUGGCCGCCAAUUUGUUAGCAGUGGUCUCACCGAGGAACAAACUUCAGAUAUGCGCGAGAAAUUUUGGUGUAGAGAAAGAAUUUUAGAAGGCAUCUCAUGCGAAUGGAAACUCCAAGACACUGUAGGAACUACUGGAACUGUUGACUUCCGUCAAUUUCUAGAGAAGAUUGAUACUCGAUUACUCGAUAUACUGUCCCCACACCGUGGAUCCUCGUAUGCAGUAGAUCUAUCAUCACAUAAAAACAUGAUAGAAGUCGGAGAAAUACUACAAAUAAAAGCAACGGUUAAAUUCAAUACUUUGCAUGCGAAGAACGAUGAGACUGUUUCGUUGUCAUUUCUUCUUUUCAAUCGAAGAACGGGCAAGACGAUCCCUAAAGCAAGUAAUGCCGUAUUGUACAACGGAAAACUCACGAGACAGAUAAGACCGAUGCAUAAUUCUGAAGUUACUUUGGACCUCUUGCCAUUAGAACGAGGUGAAUAUGAAAUUGCAUGCUGUCUGAACUCCUCAGAGUUUAACGAUGUUCCAGUCUACUUUCGUGUUAUGUGA